AUGAAGAAGAAACUUCCAGACGGCAAACCGCUCUCGGAUUUACUGAAGAAAGGAAAGCUCGGCAUUCGACAAGGCGCCAUCGUCGGCAACGAAGGCGAGGAAGACCUGGAGUUCUGGGAAGAUGGCUCCGAAACUGUCCACGAAAAGGCGCCUUGA